UUAUUAGCAUGAGAAUGAAGAAUUAAUUUUUAACCACAAAAAAAGGAAAAAAAAAAAGAAAAAAGAAAAGAAAAAUCCGAAAUUAGGAGGUUGAAUCACAUAUAAAUACCACCGAUCUGCUUCAUUCUUCCUCAGGCAAUCAGCAAACAACAAUCUAAGGCUUCUUCGGUUUCAUCACUCUCCUCUCAAUCAGAAGUGAUUUUCCCGCCGGAGAAACCCUAAUUCAUCCUCAUCCGCCAUGGAAAUGAAGAACAUCGCCUGCGCUGCCCUCUUCGCCGCCGCUGCAGUCACUGCAGUUGUGGCCUCCGAUGAGUCUCUCUCUCCCGCUGCCGCUCCUGGGCCGAGCAGCGCCGCCUCCGCCGCUCUUCCCGCCCUUGGAUCGCUUAUCGGUGCGUCGCUUGUUUCCUUCGUCGCCUACGUAUUGAACUGAAGCCCCGCCAGAGAAGGAGAUUCUAUAAUUCGAUUUGAUUUUUUAUUUUGUUUUGGAUUUCCGUGGACGAUGUGAUGCUACUCAAAUUUCAAAAUUAAUAAAGAAUUUCGAUUCAUUAUUAUAUUA